AUGGGCCAACCAAGCGUCCAUCCCAUGCGACCUGAAUCAUUGGCCCGCGGGCUGGCGCAGCCGCGCGAGGUGACUCUGGCGCCUGAAGACUCGGUCUCCAGUCUCAGCUUUAACCCCAAGGCGAACCAUCUCGUAGCCACCUCAUGGGAUAAGCAGGUUCAGUGCUGGGAGGUCCUGCCUGGUGGGGUAUGCCAAGCGAAGGCCUCAAUUUCGCACGAUCAGCCGGUGCUGUGCUCGGCAUGGAAGGAUGAUGGGAUGACUGUUUUCUCGGGAGGUUGUGAUAAGCAGAUUAAAAUGUGGCCGCUGCUGUCUGGUGGGCAGCCCACAACCUUAUCAGGGCAUGAGGCGCAUGUCAAAGAACUCGCUUGGGUGCCACAGAUGAACCUUCUUGUCAGUGGAAGCUGGGACAAGACUUUGAGGUACUGGGACAUUAGGCAACCUCAACCAGUGCAUGUUCAACAACUUCCUGAGCGUUGCUAUGCUCUAUCACUUUGUUAUCCUCUCAUGGUGGUUGGCACUACUGAUCGCAACGUAAUAGUCUUCAAUCUGCAGAAUCCACAGGCUGAAUUCAAGAGAAUUGUAUCACCUUUGAACCUACAGACAAGGUGUCUUGCCGCAUUUCCUGAUCAACAAGGGUUUUUGGUUGGAUCUAUAGAAGGAAGAGUUGGUGUUCAUCAUGUGGAUGACUCUCAGCAAAGCAAAAAUUUUACAUUUAAAUGUCACCGUGAUGGCAAUGAAAUAUUCUCUGUUAACUCACUGAACUUCCAUCCUGUGCACGGCACAUUUGCUGCUACAGGCUGUAAUGGAGGUUUCAAUUUUUGGGAUAAGGACAGUAAGCAAAGGCUGAAGGUUUUUAGUAAGUGUCCAGCACCCAUCACAUGCAGUACAUUCAACCAGGACGGCUCUAUAUUUGCUUAUACGGUAUGUUACGAUUGGAGCAAGGGAGCUGAGAAGCAUAAUCCUUCUACUGCAAAGACAAAUAUCUUUUUACACAGCGUACAGGAAUCUGAUGUGAAAGGAAAGCCCCGUACUGGGAAGAAGUAG